AUGACCAAAGAGACCACUCCCCCUCCACCCGAACAACAAACAACAAGAGAACCCCCUUCCCUCCCGACCUCACCUCUCGCCAAGCGUCCCAAGCCCAACACCACCGAAGACCAGUCCAAAAUGACCAACAGCACCCCCGUCACCUCUAUCUCGCAGCCUCUGCCCCCGCUGCUCAUCAAGAAGCUGAACGAGGGCGGUCGCGCCCCGACCCGUGGCUCGGCCUUCGCCGCCGGAUAUGAUGUCUACGCUGCUAAGGAGACGGUUAUCCCGGCUAGGGGGAAGGCUCUGGUUGAUACGGGUAUUGCCAUUGCUGUGCCGGAGGGAACUUACGGCCGCAUCGCACCCCGCAGCGGCCUCGCAGCGAAACACUUCAUCGAUACCGGAGCCGGAGUCAUUGAUGCCGAUUACCGUGGUGAGGUGAAGGUUCUCCUGUUCAACCACUCCGAGGUCGAUUUUCCCGUGAAGGCUGGGGAUAGGGUUGCUCAGCUUAUUAUUGAGAGGAUUUAUACCCCCGAGGUUAUGGUUGUGGAGGAGUUGGAGGAGAGUGUGCGUGGUGCGGGAGGUUUUGGAAGCACUGGUACUAACUAA